AUGCACACAGGCUCCAUGACUGUUCUGGGCUCUCCUGGGAUCUGCGGUGAUACUUCCUAUAGAACUUACUGCUAUAUCCCAGUGACUUCUUCAGCUGCAAUUUGCUCCAAAAAUGUAAGUUCCACUUUUGGGGUGUAUUUACCCAGUAGUUACCAAGGAAACCUCUGGCUUCUGGAUAACUGCCAAGAAUCCUAUGGUGAAGUGCCAAGCUGCAAAUCUCCCAGCUGUGACCUCAAGACCUGCAACACAAGUUGUGGCCCAUCAAGCUUGCAUGUGCCCUGCAACUAUCCAACUGUAGGCAAAGUAAGCAGCGCCUGCGAAACUACCAACAUUGGACCCAGUCCCACUUGCAGCCCACACCCUCAGAGCAAGGGGUACGUAUCUGAUUGCUCCCCAUCUAGCCGAUCUACAUCUAAAGCCUACCAGUCCUCCAGCUAUGGCUCCAAAUGCUUUGGUCAACUUAAUUACCUAUCCAAGAGUUUCCAGCCCCUAAACUACUGCAGAGUGGGUAGUCUGGGGUUCAGAAACUACCCAAAUCUUGGCAUGAUCCGCAGUAGCUUCUCACCAUCAUGUUCUAUUACCUACAGCUGCCAGCCGCCAAGUUAUUCAGUGAUAAAUUACAAAUAUGGGUCAAAUUAUAGGCCCAUGAGCUGUCAACCACUGAGUUAUAGUUCUAGACGCUUCCUGUCUCUGAGCUGUAUACCAAGUACCUUCCCUCCUCUGAGGUAUUUAUGCAGUGGCUGCAGACCUCUGAAUUGUUAUUGA